UUCUGUCAGGUUUAUAAUUUUCAUUUUUCGUUUUCUCUAAGCUAAGAAAGGGAGUAAUGAAUAAUUUUCUGUGAGUUUAUAAAAACGUAUAAAUUUUAUCACCCAAUUUGUGUGAUACGAAAUAUGAAAGACAUGCAUUCGGUACUUCAGAAUCAAUUUUCGGAACUCACAAAAUUAGCCAGAAAAUUCAAUUGUUUCUACCUGUCAGGGUUACAUGAAGGCAUAUGUAAACCGUUUAUAGUCGCAGGUCACCAAGUGGGUCUAAUUCGACCAGAUGUUAUGAAACAUCUUCAUAGAUUUCCUGAGGUGUUUGUUAUUACUGGAAAGUUUGUAGAGUUAAAUCCGGCUUUUAGAGGAUAUAAAGAGAGAACUUCGAAGGUAGCUGAUGUUUUACAAGCUUUACGCAAAGAAAAUGAAAUAUGUGCUUUAAAAGGUUGGAGAGAUGAGUGUUUUGAAGUGAGUACACCGUUUUAUCAUGAAAGUCUCCUGGAAAUGGACAGAAGUGCUAUUUGUCUCUUUGGUAUUAGGAACUACGGAGUUAGUGUAAAUGGCUAUUUAACACAUCCCACAAAAGGGCUUUGCAUUUGGUUACAACAGAGAAGUUUCACAAAGCAAACAUGGCCUGGAAAGUGGGAUUGCUUUGUCAGUGGUGGUCUUGCUGUUGGCUAUGGCAUACUGGAGACUGCUAUCAAAGAAGCAGCUGAGGAGGCUUCAGUUGUUGGUGAUUUGGUAAAGAAAUUAGUGCCAUCUGGAUGUGUAAGUUUCUUCUUUGAAAGUGAAAGAGGGCUAUUUCCAAAUACAGAAUAUGUGUAUGACCUAGAGUUGCCAUUUGAUUUCGUGCCACAAAAUGCUGAUGGUGAGGUGGAGAGCUUUGAAUUGUUGACAGCAGAGGAAUGCAUCCAGCGGGCCCUGAGUCCACAGUUCAAAACCACAAGUGCCCCAGUACUACUUGACUUUCUGAUACGGAAGGGUUAUAUUAAUCCUGAGAAUGAGCCUCAUUACCGACAUAUUGUGGAGUUGUUACAUGUACCAUUGCAGUCAAUAUACAACUGGCCAUACACCAGUGCAACAACUAACGGAGAUGGCAAGGAAUAGCAUCACAUUCUUCCCAUUUAAAUAAAUUCUCUAGAUAUUAUUUUAACAAAAAUAUAUGGAUAAGAAAGUUUUUACAAAACAAUAAUACCAGUGUUAUUUUUCGGGUGAUAAUUUUAAUUUGGCCUAAUUUAUAUCCAAUAGUUGUAAUCAUUUGGGUAGGCUUAAAGUAUUACCUACAUUUGUUUUUCUUUUAUACCUUUCAUUUAAGAUCACUUUGACCAAAUCCUGUAACAUAGAUUAGUAGUUGGGAUGUUAUAUAUCACGAUAGUUUAGCUAGGUAUGCUUAAUUUCUGUGAUACUUUACCAGUUUGGUAUAAGGGAUUUGUAUAUUAUUUUUAUCGGGUUUGUCAUCUAUAUAAAUACCUUUACCAAGAUUAAGUAUUUAUUAUUUGUAUUACAACUUUUAAGUUAAAUAAAACAUUACAACUCAAUUAUUAUUUAUAUAAAAUAUCAGUUAACAUUUUUGAAGCCAGAAAAAUCAUCUGUUGAUCAGAAUUAUUUUAAAACUAGUCAAAACGUGGUUAAUUAAGACCUUUGUCAGCUUGAGACGUUAAACUGUUUUCAUUUUAAUUUAAUUAUUAAUUAACUGUUGAAAUAAAUUAACGAAAAUAAUUAAUUCGUAGCAUAUUAUGUCAUUUAAGCGACUUAUUGACAGAAAAUAAAAUUUAAAUCAUGAAAGAACACUGCCAUACUUAUAUAUAAAAAAAUCACAAGUUAAAAAGAAAUAAGAAUAGUUAUGUACGAGUUAAAUAACAUAUUAAGAUAUACAUUUCAUCAUUGUCUUCCCAUUUCUGUAUUCACUUGGUACUUACUUUUAUAUUAAUAGUUUAAUGUCAGGUCAAUCAUGAUAAUUAAGAAUUUAUAAUGAAUCGAUUAGUUUUAAUUCUAAAAAAAAGUAUACCUAUAAUGGUAUUGAUAUUGUAAAGUUAUGAUCGGGGUAACCUACGUGGUAUAGUACAAAAUUAAAAUUUAGACUUUUUGUACAAAAUUUUAUAAAAUUAAAUGAAUUUUAUAAAGUUGAUAAUGUCUUCUUUUUAGAAUACUUAUUGAGGUAUUGCAAUUAAAUUUUGUAUUUAUUUACUAAUUUUGUUAGUGUAUUCUUAGUUUUUUCCAUUUUCGAACGAAAUUUUCAAUUAGCCAAUAAUUCUAAAUCUUAGGAAUGUAAUAUAUCGUAGGAAUUCCGAUCAUAGCUUGUUCAAUAUUGUUAAUAAUGGCAAGAGGCCAUACGAACUUAGAGUAACGAUUGAUUUUCUUGUACUUUACAUUAUAAUAAGUUAGAAUGUAGUGAACUGUUUUAAUAAAUAUAUAAAGUUGGUUUCAGGCAAUACUUUGUGUGUGAAUGUCGGAAAUGUAGAAAGUGUAACAUUUAUUUAAAAUUUCCAAAGCACCUGUUUAUAAAAAUAUUGAGGUUAUAAACAUUAAAAUGUUAUUGCAAU